UGAGAGGAUAACACAGUAUGCGAAGAGACAGCGAGGCGGAGAGAGGGGAAGAGUCGUGAAAGAGGCGGCAGCAAAAAAAAUAUCUGGACUAUAAGAGAGAGAGAGAGAGAGAGAGAGAGAGAGAGAGAGAGAGAGAGAGAGAGAGAGAGAGAGAGAGAGAGAGAGAGAGAGAGAGAGAGAGAGAGAGAGAGAGAGAGAGAGAGAGAGAGCGUGACAAAGGAGGAGGAAGAUGAAUUGAAGUCAGUUUGCUGUAGGCGCAGCAGGAGUCCUUAAUAUUAAUUACACUGUGAAAUUGUAUUGCUUACCAUUAGUCUUACAGGUUCCAGCUUUACACACAACUCGCUCUCUCCCGAUCCAGAACACAAAAGAGAAAGGCGUUUUGUUAUUCUGAUUUGGGUUGUGCUUGUGAUUAUACUGUUUUGUCUCUGCGCCGACAGAUGUGAUUCGGAAACACUGCUGCGGACCGUGGGCGAAACGGCAACCGACGUAGGAGACACCAUCUCCGGCUAGAGCUUUUCUGAACACCCGGAGACGGACAAUCUGCCGGGGCAAGUUUAUAGAGACCAGCGGGCUAUUAUUGUGUUUAAAACUAACGGGAAACACCCAAGGACUGGACGACCGGCUCUUUUGUUCACGACGCGGACUUUAAUACAACGUGUUUAUAUAUAUGUCCUAUCCCAAUAGCAUAUCUUAAAACUUAAACUCGCAAUAUAAAGUGAAAUUCUCAAAAAUAUAUAUAUAUAAAUGUUUUUCAACUUCCUUAGAAGGUCGUUUUUUUUUCUCUUCUCUAUACCAGAGAGGCGUGGAUAUAUCUGACUUAUUCCAUCAUUAGUUCAUAAAUCAGCCUCUCGCGUCUGUUUUCACAGAAGCUAUGCUGCAGAAUAUCGCCUGAGAAAUAGGCACGCUUACGAUUUGGAGAGCACGUCCAUCAUAAGGAAGCAGUUGCAGAGUUCGGGAGGGUCCUGCACGCAGAGAUGAGCAGCGUGAAGGGGUUCACGGGACAGGGCGUGGAGAACCGCAGCGCGAAGCUGUCCAAGCACUGGGACGCCCCCAAGGAAAAGGUGCCCACGAGCCGCACGCUGGUGGUGGCGGGCGGCGGCGAUCCCGGGAAGAAGCGGCGGCAGCGCUACGUGGAGAAGGACGGCAAGUGCAACGUGCACCACGGCAACGUGCGCGAGACCUACCGCUACCUGACCGACAUCUUCACCACCCUGGUGGACCUGCGGUGGCGUUUGAACCUGCUGGUCUUCACCUUGGUCUACACCAGCACCUGGGUCUUCUUCGGCUUCAUCUGGUGGCUCAUCGCUUACAUCCGUGGGGACCUGGAUCACACCGAGGACCACGAGUGGACGCCGUGCGUGAACAACCUCAACGGCUUCGUCUCGGCUUUCCUGUUCUCCAUCGAGACCGAGACCACCAUCGGCUACGGCUACCGGGUCAUCACGGACAAGUGCCCCGAAGGCAUCGCCCUGCUGCUGGUCCAGGCCAUCCUGGGCUCCAUCGUGAACGCCUUCAUGGUGGGAUGCAUGUUUGUGAAGAUCUCCCAGCCCAACAAGAGGGCCGAGACGCUGAUGUUCUCCCACAAGGCGGUGGUGUCUGUGCGGGACGGGAAGCUGUGUCUCAUGUUCAGAGUGGGGGACCUGCGCAACUCUCACAUCGUGGAGGCUUCCAUCCGGGCCAAGCUCAUCCGGUCCAAGCAGACCAAGGAAGGGGAGUUCAUCCCUUUGAACCAGACGGACAUUAACGUGGGCUUCGACACGGGAGACGACCGCCUCUUCCUGGUGUCGCCGCUCAUCAUCUCGCACGAGUUCAACGAGCUCAGCCCCUUUUGGGAGAUCUCGCAGGCCCAGCUGGAGAAAGAGGAGUUUGAGAUAGUCGUCAUCCUGGAGGGGAUGGUGGAGGCUACGGGGAUGACUUGCCAGGCGCGCAGCUCCUACCUGAACUCGGAGGUGAUGUGGGGGCAGCGUUUCAUGCCUGUGCUGACCCUGGAGGAGGGCUUCUAUGAGGUCGACUACGACACCUUCCACAGCACCUACGAGACCCCCACCCCCUCCUGCUCCGCCAAGGAGCUGUCCGAGCUGGACGCCCCCCCAGGGAACCCCCCCAGACUGCCCCGCAGCCAGGAGGAGGCGGAGAGGGGGGACACCCAGGACUUCAUCAACGGAGACGUCAACAGAAUGGAGAAAGGACACCCUGAAUGAGACAAUGCAAUACAACACAGUAUAGCACAAAACAAUACAGUACAAUGAAAAUGCAUUUUUAUUCACCUCCAUGGCAUCCCAUCACGCUUUACAAAAGAGCUCCUUUGCACAGUACACUCCGGCUGCAGCUGGUUAUAGUAAAGCACAUGUGAAAUAAAAAUGUUUUCGUAAAUUAGAUUUAAAACAAUCCAAUGUUUCAACCUGCCUAACGAUGUGAACCAGAAUACUUCUCAACGGAUAUAUGGAGUUGGUAGUACUUGGAGACAGGAUGGCCCUAAUCCAGGAAGACCCUGAUCAGUUUUUACGUCAAAACUUUCAAAUCAAUUUGGUAGCUCUUUUGGUAACCCAUGUAAGGGCCUGAGCACUGGAGCAGCGUGUUGAUAACGAUAAGUGUGAGAAAGCAGCCUGGGAGCUGCCGUUGUGUUAUAUAUCAGGGGUCUCCAGCCCUGGUCCUGGAGAGCUUACAGGGGCUUCUGCUUUUCAUUUUCAACCAAGCUUUCAGUUACUUCAUGAACCAGUUAUUGGCUGAAUCAGUCAAGAUGAACAGGUGCUCCAGAUCUUUAGCCAUUGAUGAUGUAAAGACAGCUUGAAAACCUGCAGGACUGGGGCUCUCCAGGACCAGGACCAGGACCGGUCACCCCUGCUGUACGGGAACACAAGAGAUAAUGUAGAAACAAGAGGAGGCCGUCUGAACCGUCAGCGCUCGUCCGGGUCUGAGCAGCUGUUUGAUCUGAAACAGGAUUCCCUAGAUUCGGAAGAUACCUUAAGACUUCGGUCUAGUUUUAUCCACAGGACUUUAAAGACCAUUAAGGUGUGACGUAGUUGAAAGGUGAUUAGGGUAUCGUGUGCCUUUCUUAUGAUUGCCCUUAUUAGAGUUGCUGUGCACAUUUCUAUACAUUUCUGGACAACAGAUGCAGCUUCCUGCGUUAGAUGCUGCAACGUUAUAUUUAGUUUUAUUGUGGUGACAGGCAAAUCAAAGUUAUCAUUACAUAAACACGCAGACUUCCAUUGAUUUUUUAUAGCUUGCUGUACAGUACGAACUAAAACAUGACUCAGACGUACCGGCAGUUUGACAAACUGUAAUUUUCAAUUUUCUUCUCUGUGGUAGUAUUGUUUUACGGUGUGACAGUGUAUUUUCUAACAGGGCUGUUCUGAAGCUAGUUUGUUCAGAGCGCUUCCCUUUAAGAAACGUCAGUUCACGGGGCCUCGGUACAGCAGCCAGAACACCAGCGUCUCCGGGUGCGAGGAAAAUUCACUUCCACUUCGGCUUUUAAAAAAAAAAAAAAAAAAAAUCGCUCAAUGCAGAAGUGACUUGUUCGUCGCCAUUGCGUGGUACUCGAUUGUAAAGGUGAGGGAAGGACAGGUUUUCUUCAUUUUGAAAUCCACAUAUUAAAAAAGCAGCAUGUUUGGGUGUAUUGAAUACCUGCUGACAGUGCUGGUUAAGCCAGUCCAUUUAAAAAAAAAAAAACCCUGAACUGUAAGGCUUGCAAAAAGCAGCUGUUUAUUGUCCCAAUUAUUCUCGACUCCCCUGCUCGUCAGCGGUGGCUGGAAUUGUCCGCAGGGAUCGUUUUGAAGACAUUUCCUUCUUAAAUGAAUAACAAAUGAAAGCACUGUAAGAGCACAAUGCUAAUAUCGGAGCACCGCUGAGGAUGUUGCGAAAGCUAAUAGGUGAGAAAAUGACUUGCCAAGCUUAGGUUAGUCCAAUUGAAGUAGAUUUAGUUUCCACUUCCCGCAGUCUCAUCUGAUGGUAUAGCAGAUAUUAAUGGAGACAAAAAAAAAAAACACCUUUGUUUUGACAAGUAUUGUGCAGCAUUUACCUGUGUGUGAUUUUACAGCUGUGGUGUUCACUGCUCAUUAUAUAAAGAGCUGUACUAUAGGUCUGUAAAUAAACUGUCCCAUUAGCAUCGAAAGACACUUUCUCUCAUUGCGCGCUGUGUUGUGUUUUUGUAGCUGUUUUUCUUUCUUUUUUUUAAAUAAAAGGUCAGUGAAAUGUG